CUAACGCUAUGUAUCUUCCUCGCUCUAUCCUGAGGCGAGUACUUGAUCUCUGUCCGAUCCUUUGCAUCCCCUAUCGAAAAUUACCAACAAAAUUGUAUAUAUCUUGAAAAGGCCUAAAUUUUUUGAAACGCGAGGCCGAGGGAAGCACGAGGCGGUCGGUGUCUUAAACCCUGCAAGGGUUUUCUCCUCACAAAUCCGGGGAUUUACUACGAAGCAGUAGAUGAUGCUAUUGAGAGCGAUCGGGGCCGCGAGGCCCGGCAAUCACAGGUUUAGGCCGUGGAGGAUGACCCGGACGGCGACGCGACCUUUGUCGUCCCGCGCAGCCAUCGACAUGGCCGCCCGAGACGGCGAGCUCAGGGCCUUCCUCGUCGCUGGCGAGGUCUCCGGCGACUCCAUCGCUUCCCGCCUCAUGGCCUCCCUCAAGAAGCUCUCCCCCUACCCUGUCCACUUCGCUGGCGUUGGCGGGGACUCGAUGCGUAAAGAAGGCUUGCAACCAAUCUUUCCCAUGGAAGACCUCGCAGUCAUGGGCUUGUGGGAAUUGCUGCCACAUAUAAUUAAUUUUAGGGCUAGACUAAAGGAAACUGUUGAAGCUGCUAUUUCUUUUCGGCCUCAUGUUGUGGUGACGGUUGACUCCAAAGGGUUCUCUUUCCGGCUUCUAGAUCAGCUCAAUGAUGUAUUUAGGGGUGAAAAGGAUAGACCUGUACAUGUCCAUUAUGUUGCGCCGUCAUUCUGGGCAUGGAAAGGGGGUGAACGUAGAUUGGAGAGGCUACGUCAAUUUGUGGACCAUAUCCUGUGUAUUCUUCCCUUUGAAGCUGAAGUUUGUAGAUGGAAUGGCUUAGCUGCUAGCUAUGUUGGUCAUCCCGUGUUGGAAGAUGCUCUUCACCUGGGCUUGGACUUGGAUCCAGCAUCAAAUAAGCGAAAGAUGCGAAGAAGUGGUGAUGCUUUUCGAUGUGAACAUGGACUGUCCCCUGGAGCCACAGUCAUUACCUUACUACCUGGAAGCAGAUUACAAGAGGUCACUAGAAUGCUUCCUAUUUAUUUACAAGCAGUACAACUACUAAAAGAGCCAUUCACUGAUUUGUCAAUAAUCAUUCUUGUUGCUCCUAAUCGUGAUGUGGAGGCCUACAUUAAUAGAGAGGUUCAGUCAUCGUCAUUAUCAGCCAUAUUGAUAUCUGGGGCAUCCCUUGACAAAAGAUAUAAUGCAUUCAGUGCAAGUACAGCUGCAUUAUGUACUUCUGGUACUGGUGUUAUGGAAUUACAGCUAGCAGGGUUACCCUGCAUAGUUGCAUAUCAAGCGCAUUUGUUGACAGAAUGGUUGAUCCGAUACAAGACGAAGUUAAACUUUAUCUCCCUUCCCAACAUUAUUUUGAACUCGGCCGUUCUACCUGAAGUCCUUUUCCGUGCAUGCACAUCUGAAAAUCUAGCUGCAAUUCUUAGCAGAGUAGUUACUGACGACAAUGUUCGUGAUCGGCAAGCUUCAGCAGCGCAAAAGGUCCUCGAACUUCUCCAUCAUCCCAGUGAAAGCAUAAGCAGUUCAGUUCUUCGAGAAUCUGGUUUGUCAUCCACAUUUUGCUGCCCUAGCAUGAUUGCUGCAUCAAAAACACUGGAUGCAGAACUGCGAAGAUCCGAUCAAAGUUAAUUAUUUUGGCUUCUCAAAGAUCAACAUAGACUACUUAUUUAUUUUUUCUGCAUGCAAUUUAUAUUGAUGUUUUAGGAUAUUCUUUUUGGAUAUAUGCAAAAGGAUAAUUUUGAAAACUAGCCCUCGUCUGUUUUAACAUUUGAAUGGAAGACCACACUGGGCCUUAGGCCCUCAUUUUCUCUGAAAAGAAGCAUUUGACUGUAAGACACCAUGGUUACUAAAUUUUAAUUUGGGACUUUCGCUUUAUGCAUGUAUUCUCCAAUUGAAUUGGGUCUGUUACUCUUUAAGUCAAACGCUAUAAUCAAA